AUGGUUGGUGUAUCUUCUGAAGUGACCAUUGAUGUUCUUCAUUGUUCCUAUAAAACUGAAGAAUUAACUCAUUUAUCUCUAAGUCUAAAUUAUGCUCGACCAAAUCCAAGUACACUACGUCCGAUAAAACAUCGUGAAACUCAAAUACAAUAUCAUCUCAAAGAUAUCAAUGAGAAAGUAAAACGUCAAUUGACGAACUACUGUAAGAGAGAACCUCCAGCAGCAAGAAUGACACAUUAUUCUGAAUUACUUGAAAAUCUACUUCGACAACAUUAUAUGGCUCCAUUAUCCUAUGUUGAAUGCAUGCGCACUCAACGAGAAUUCAAAUUAGUAAAGUCUAUUCAACGAAAAGCACAAAGAGCAACACUUAUUAUACGGGUUUGUGAUAAAGGUGGCGACUUACAUAUAGGGAAUGAAAGUGAUUAUGAAAGAAAAGCAGCAAAAUAUCGAGAAGAUACAAAAGCCUAUCAAGAAUUAUCAUACAAUCCAUUGAUGGAAAUAUUAACUAAUGUAACAAAGGCGCUUAAUGUUCUCAAGAAUAAUAAGCAAUUGGCACUCAAAGAAUAUAAUCGUCUAAUACCGAAACCGGAUCUCAUUAGAUUAUCUUACAUGUAUUUUAAUCCUAAACCACACAAGGUUACUAUUCUUCUUUAA